AUGGAGGUGGAAAUGGAGGAUGAUAGUAGUAGUGGUAAUGUCGCUGUGGAGUUUACGUUUACGGCUGUGGAAAUCGAUCUCGAUUACGAGUUUGAAGCUGCGCGGUUCUUUGAUUUUACAAGGGAGGAGUCGACGGUAGAAGCUCGUGAAGCUGAAAUGUGGUUUGAGUCCGUUGAAAGCUAUCCGCCUUCGCCAUUUGCAGUUAGAUUAAUUUCAAGAGAGCAAAAUGAAAAUGCCAACAUUCAUACAGAAUCAAAAGUUUUUAACACAAAUCAGUUGGAUAAUGUCUCUAAUGUUGUAAGAGCACAAGAGGGUUCUUCAAUGGCUUUGACCAAGACAAACACAGAUGGUGAUGUGGCGAAUGGGGGAGUUUCUUUGGACUUAAAAAGUUACUGUCUACAAACCUUCCAGAAGCAACAACCUAGAAGAAAUGAUAAUUAUAAAUCUAAGACAAAAUCAAAUUUGAAACCAAGUUUUCCAAGGACCUCAACUUUAAUGAAACCUACUGCAAGUCAAUUAGCUAAACAAAAUCAAGAACGUUUAAUGGAUCAUUCCAGGGUUCAAAAAUCGGGUAACAAUUCUAUAAAUGUAGAAGGUCAAGCAGCCAAAAGACAAAAGCUCGAGGGAGGCCUGUUGUGUAAGGUCACUGACACAAAGCAACAAGCUAAUUUUAUCCACAAGGCACCAAAAAAGGAAGGUGGCAUGGAUAGUAAGUUGCAUAUUACUGUUCCUAGACCCCCUGAUCUUGCAACAGCUCAAAGGUCACAAAGGAUAAGGCAAAAGGGCGAUACUGGAAACGAGAAUGUGGCUUCAAGAGCUCAUGGGUUUAGAGCCCUUCCACUCAAUAGAAAAAUUUUUGAGACACCUUCAUUGUUACAACAAAAAAGAAGCACUCCUCAGUUACCAGAAUUUCAAGAAUUUCACUUGAAGACAACAGAGAGAGCUGCACAAAACACUGCUGCAGUUCCAUCAACUUCAUCAUACUGCAACAACUUAAAGGUACCACAGAAGCCUAGAUUUUCCUUUGCGACAGAAAGUAAACAAGAAGAUUGUGAAACAAUUUCAAGAUUUAAAGCGUUACCUCUCAACAAAAAAAUAUUUUCAAGUAAAGGAGAUCUAGGAGUUUUUAGAAGUAGCAAGAGGGAGACAACAGUAGCUAUGGCAUUUAAUUUUCAAACUGAAAAAAGAGCUCAAAAUGCCCCCCCAAUCGAUCUCUUCAACAAGCUCACAUUGGAUUCUGGUUCUGAAUUGAAUAGGCCUAGGCCUAGGGCUAGACAUCAGUCUAUUUUUAUGAAGGGUUCAAAAGAAAACAGAGUAUGCUCCUUUCAACAACAAAGUGAGAUAGUAAACCACAAAAUGACAUCAUCAAAACAAGUUCAUUUUGACAGCAAUUCAGCUAUCACUGAAGGCAUUACUCCAUUGUCAACAAUUAGCAGAAAUUUGGGGAUUCGUUAA